CUCUUUUCAUGAUAGUUAUUUGUGAGAUAGCAGGUCAUCCCUGAAACUGUUUCCCUCUUUGGAAUGAGCUGAAGGCGAUAUUUACAAGUAGUCCUGUUAAAUCUGACAAGCGGGACUUCCUGCUUGUCCUACUGUUGCAAUGCCUGGUCUCCUGCUCCCUUCUCUCUUGUGCGGCCUCCUCCUCCUCCUUCCACUAGCUUCCAGUUCUGCUUCUAAUGGUGACACAGUGGUCAUAACUAGCAGUGGCCCUGUUAUGGGCAAGCAACUCUUUGCUGGCCUUGGAUCUGUGACAGCCUAUCUAGGUAUUCCUUAUGCUGCGCCUCCUCUGGGGGAGUUGCGCCUCCAGAAACCUCUUCCACAUCAGCCAUGGACUCAAAUAUUAGAGGCCACCAGCUUUGGCAAUUCCUGUCCUCAAUUUGUUUUUCGGGAUGUCCCUGAAGCAGAGCUAUGGGUUCCUAAAACACCACAGUCAGAAGAUUGCCUUUCCCUCAACAUCUGGGUGCCCUACCCACAACUUUCUUCACCAAUGCCUGUUCUGGUCUGGAUACAUGGAGGAGGAUUUUUCAUUGGCACAUCUGCUCUGCCCUUGUACAAUGGGGCAUCCUUAGCUGCUACUGAGAAAGUCAUUGUGGUCUCUAUCAAUUAUCGCCUGGGGGCCCUAGGCUUUCUUUACUUACCACCAGCUGCUCCAGGGAACAUGGGCUUAUGGGACCAACAGCUGGCCCUGAAGUGGAUAAAAGAGAAUGCAGCUGCUUUUGGGGGAGAUCCUUCUCGGGUGACCAUUUUUGGCCAGAGUGCUGGAGGAUCUUCUGUGAAUUACCAUCUUCUCUCACAAAAGAGCCAGGACCUUUUUGCCCAGGCAGUGAUUCAGAGUGGAACAGCCAAUGCUUUCUGGUCUUGGAGGAGUCCUGAGAAAGCCAGGGAGCUAUCACUUACAUUUGGUCAUCUGCUAGGUUGUUCUGAGGACAAUAAUACCAGCGUGGUGAGUUGCCUGCAAACAAAAAAUGCUUCUGAAUUUACUCACCAUGAAAUAUCUAUGUUCUACAAAGGCGGCUUCUUUCUGAAUUUUCCCUUCACCCCAACCACCGAUGGCGAUUUUUUGCUUGGUGAUCCACAAAAUCUCAUGGAGGAGGGGCAAAUUCAGGUCAAACCAAUCCUCAUAGGUAGGACCCCUGAUGAAGCAGCUACAUUUGUCCCUUAUAUAUUCCCUGAUACCAACCACAGUCUAAUCAAUCAGGAGCAGCUUCUGAAAGGGAUAAGACUGUUGGUGCAAAAUGCAACUGAAGAUCUUGUUCAGGCUAUUGCGCUGAGGUACAGUGAAGGAAACCAUGGUCCAGCACAAUACCGCUCAGCUCUGUCACAGUUCUAUACAGAUCAUGUAAUUGCAUGCCCGUUGAUUGAAUCUGCAAGAAAUAUCAGAAAAACUGGGAGUCCUGUAUACGCUUAUUUAUUCACACAUCGCACUUCAGGAUCAGUUUGGCCUGAAUGGAUUGGGGCAACCCAUGCUGCUGAGAUUGCCUACAUCUUUGGAACCCUUGAGUCAGUGCUGGCUGUCAAUCACACAGAGGCUGAAUCUAGGCUGAGCCGUCAGCUGAUGCAUUACUGGGCACAGUUUGCCAGAACUGGGAAUCCCACUGGCUCAGUGGCCACCGAGGUUGAGUGGUCACUCUAUAAUGCCACUGAGCAGAACUUCUUCCUCCUCAAUAUUGAGCCAUUCCAGAAUAUGGAUAAAGAGCCUGACAAGCACUGUGGUUUUUUGAAGAAGCAGUUUUCAGAGGCUGCGCAGCCACACAAACCUGAAGGUGAUUCUGUUUCACCAGACUAGAAGGAAGACAGGAGGAACCAAUCAAGACAUCUCUUAAAAGCCUGGGGAAAUGAUGACAAGCUAGGCCAGAGAACCUUCUAGAAGGAUCCGCUGUCCUUUCAGGGACUGGCUGGUGGGAAUUUGGAAGAUGGAUAAGGAGCCAGCUAAAACCCACAUAAUCUUUGCUGUUAGGAGCAAUCUGUUAUGUGUUGAUUUGAAACAGGUUUUUAAUUUACUAAAAAAAAAAUCUCCAAAACUUCUUAAUAAAUAUUGUCUGAAUUCUUUGGGUAAAAAUCCUACUAUUCUAGCAACAAUGUAAGAACCUGACACAAUAUGGAAAAGCAAAACAAAACAGGAAUUCUGACUGCCAAACUUUGCUAUAACCUAAUGAGUGUCGUGUCUUUUUUUUCCCCAUAGGACUGAGCCUCCUUAAAUCUAAUAAAUGGGCAGAUUUGGU